AUGCUAGUCUAUCUGUGGCUCGGCGGUAUCUUUAACCUAUGGCGAAGUAAUCCUAGCUUUAGCUCUUAUAUCUGCGGUUUAGCGGCCUCGAACGAAUCCACCGAGAUAUCUUACGAGAAAUUAUCACCUUUCUAUAUAAGAUACGUAAAGAGUAUUCUCGGCGUCCUCGUUAGUGGCCGGGUUCUAUGGACUAGAUUACCUCUAUUGAUGAUAACUACGAUCUUAGUUUCGAUAAGUACUUUGAUAGGUCGUAACUCGAGUAUCUAG